CUUUUUAUUGUUUUGGUUCAAGCGUCAAUUCGUCCUCUUUUCCGAACCCUAAAUUUCAAAAUUUCAAAUCGCACUCUCGCAUCAAAUCGCACGCACAGCAAGCAGUGUUUUUUUCGGAUAAACCACGCGUGCUUCUCAUGGUUGAGUGUUUUUGAAUUCUGUUGUGUAAAUUUUGUGAUUAUAUUAUUGUGAAUUAAAAAUCUGUUCUGUAAUUAUAUUGAAUUGUGUGUGAAAUUUAUGAAAGAGGAAUAGUAGAAGAAAUGGGCCUUAAUUUUGACCAGAUUAAUGCUCGACUGCGUAAAAAUCUGCAGCAAUUGAGUCGCUACCAAGAUCCGGCAGAACGGCUGCGUCUGCUAAAGCGUUAUUUGUCCCAUUUUGUGAAAUUUGUACAGGCCGGUCGUCACUUCGAAGCAACGUUUGGGGAACAUGUUCGGCUUGUAGUGUUAUUCCUAAAUGAUCGCCGGGAUAAACCCUUGGAACUUGACACACUUGGAACGAUUGUGAAAACCCUCUGCAUUAUUUGUACCAUCACAGCGAUCUCACACCAAACAGUGAUGAUUGCUCUUCACGGUUUGCUGGAUAUUUUUGAGCGAAUCUCCAGUAAGGAAACUCUGACCGUUAUCGAAUUUUGCGGAAAUCAUUUCAAUAAAUUAAUUGUGCAGUUUAAGCGAUUCGGAUAUUUUAAGAUCCAGCGGCAGCUUGUGGAAUUGGUCUACAUUACAUCACUGUCCGUAAAUAAAUCAAACGACCGCAAGAACUUUGUUCUCAAGUUGGGAAGAUCAAUAGGUGGUAGCUGGGAAGAGGUCUUGAGUUGGAAGUCCAUUGCUGUCCAGAAGGAAGUACGACUUUUUAUCAAUAAUUUGCAAGACAGAUAUCCCUUGUUCUCAGCUUAUUCCGUCCCCGUUGAAGAUUGUCAAAUUGGAGAAUACAGGUUCGAGCAGCCAAAUGACUCAAAUGGAAUGUGGUUGGAUGUUAAUUUUAAACCGGCCACAAUCCGGUUUGCGGGUUGCAUCAAACUUGUCAGAGGAAACGAUAAAAGUUUGGAUCUGAUUGUGGGCCUUGAGAUCGACCAUCGAAGUGUAUCCAAAAUUGACUGGAAGACAGAAAAUGGUAAACAUUUUCUCUUAAUAGAGUAUAAAAAAAUCACAGUCGAGCCUGAUGUGCUAAAGGUUGAACCAACAGGAACAUUCAUCGUUAGCGUUGUGUCUUCCUUCGAUUGUGAUUAUUUAAUAAAUGAAGUUAUACCCGAGGUUCGAAUGAAAGCGAUUAGUAAAGAUGAUUCCGAACCAUUAAAUACUACAAAUAUAGAUGGGCUUCUAAAUAUUUCACUUUUGGAAUCAAAUGCAUCAGAACCCGCUAAAAGUCAUUACUCCGAUCAAUCUCCACGUCUGCGUGACAAUCGCGACGCAAUUGAGCAGCACCGGAACAUGCGCUGUCAAAUGCUGGACACUACAAGCUCUGUAGGGAGCAACAAGGAAAAUAUAAAGCCCCGUGUUCCGACGUCAGAUGUUCGUGUUGUUGUGCAAGAUGUCCAACGAUUGCGAGUAUUUGAAACUCUUCAACAGGACUGUCGACAAGAAACAAAUAAACGAGAAACAAAACGAAGCCCCUUGAAGAAACAUAAGAGUGACGAGAACCGUCGCGAUUCCCAAUCGAACGAUGGGAAGAAGAGGAAAUUAUUUGAUAAGCAAUCGAUGUCAGAUAUUUUGAACGAAAGUGCCGAUUCGCAGAUACAGCGCAACAAAUAUGUCGAAAAAAAGUUGGUCAAUACAGUCAAACCGAUCCAAACGUUAGAUGUAAAGCCAAUUAAUUUAAUACCAUCUCAGGAAAAGCACCUGCAGAACACGGAUGUAUUGAAUGAGUCCUCCGGUACUGAUGUGAUGUCCAGUCAUGAAUUUGAGCAGUCUCUUGAGGCGUACAAGAAGAAAUAUGGAAUUUUUGGCAAAGCUCAAAAAGUUUUAGACAAGAAACUUGAAAGCAAUAUACGUAAGAUUAAUGAGAUGGUCGAACGUUCGACGAAAAGAUUCUUCAAGCGUGAUCAGACGGCGGACAAUCCAUACGAUUUCAUUGACUCGGAGAGCAAUCAAAAAUCUACGAAAAAGAAGACUUCUCGAAAAGCAAAUAACAAUGUCAGUAAAAGAAAACCAAAGAAAAACGAUGAGAAUUUUUCCUCAAAAGUAUCGAAGAACGUUACCAAUCAAUCGAUUCGCAAUAUGAAUUCUAAGAGUGUGAAAAAGGACAAAAAUCUUACGCCUCCGAAACCAACAAUCCCCCACGAACCACGAUUGUCGCUUCCUCGCUCAAAGAAACCUACAAAGUUUAUAGAUUUUGCGUCUGAAUCCGAAAACGAAACCGGCAAUACGUUUCAAAACUUGAACAUCUCCCACAUUGCUGUGGACGAGCAGCUGAACCCUAUGGUUCCGACUCGCAGGCCAAUGUUUGCCAAAUCGACACCCCAUGCAGUUGCGAAAAACAAGAAGCGCCCAUUGAAUCAAACAUUCGGGGUUGAUGUGUUACAAAAAACAGAUGAUCAAAUAUCUGCCAAGAAGCAGCGUGUUCCGCUUAUGGAAGUUGAGGCAGAGCAUGAAAAAAGCUCAACAUUCAUCCGACGUGAUUACAAAAAGCAUCAUCUUCCUGAGGCACUCGUGAAGAAAGUUGGUGCUUUUAUCGAACGUGAUGCAGAUAAAGCUUUAUCACCCCAACAAUCGUUCACUGCAAGUUCAAACCAAAGUGAUGUUACAAAAAUUUCGCUCGAGGUGCCAAAACCUCAAAGCCCAUCCGUGAAAAAUAUCUCCUUGACAAAAGAAAUGAUUCUUCAAUAUCAACCCAGCAUGAGCGAUUCAUCUAUUCCGGAAUCUCUUGAGGUCAACCCAAGUCCAUCAAACCCGGUUCCGGAUCAAAACAAAGCCGAACUUUUGGCUGAACCCACCGUUUCGAAUUUCGAUAUGAACUACGCCAAACACCGGUACACCCUGAAGAAGUUCAUUUCAAACAAUGGUCAAACAUUUGUCGCUGAGCAAGAAUCUCGUGCGUAUUUUGAUACCAAACCGCAAAAUAAUGGCAACGAGAGCAUCCUCACUGACGACAUCCGUGUUGGUUGCGACACUGCGGUUCCUCCGUCAUUGCAAGAUGAUUGGAAUGAAAAUGGUGGUGUCAUAAUGAUCGAUAUAACUACAUCCUCGAGACGCUACCCAAUCACUACUAAGCCAGAACCGUCUAAAAUGAUUCCGAACACGCCAAAACCUGGAAAAAAUCAGAACGCACGGUGUAGCGAAACAUAUUUAACACGUAAUGAAGUUGCAGCCAAUGGGACUAUAGCACAGGAAACCUUCCUACCAUCCAGCAUAUUGUUUAACGAUACAGCUUCGGGCCCAACGAUGGUACAGCAAUUCAGCACUAAGAUUCACCAGGAGUUCAAUCCGUCACUGAGCGAGUUGCAAACUCAAGUGGAAAAGCUAAACGACAUGAUGAAGUCAUUUGAACCUGACCUAUCGAAUUUUAACAAUAAGGAAAUUGAUCAAAAAUGUAAGGAAGUCCUAGAGCUAGAGAACAAGUUAGAUGUACUGCACAUUGAGCUGGCUAAACUAUGUGAAGUGUCUUUGGAGAGGUACAGACAGGCCACCGUAACUGGUAAUAAACUGGCACGGUUUGCCGAAUCCAAGGGUAAUUAUUUCAAGGAACGGGUCCAACAGGCCCGUCAGGAAAUUCCAGGCAUCGUGGAUGAGUGCGUGAAGAGCGUGUGGAAUCAGCAUAUUCGAGGUCGGCUCGAUCAAGUGCAAUCAAUGUUGACAAAGAUGCUGAUGUGAAACCUAAGCAGUUAAUUUUAAGAUCUCAUCAUUCUAAAGAUAAGUAUUUUUUUAAUCACGUUUUCAUAACCCUUAUGUCAUAUCAUAUCCUAUCAAGUAUAAAUAUGCAAUUUGAAUUGUGAAUUCCGUGCAAAUAUAUGAAUUGCACAUUUUGCUGAGUAUUAUUCGUAUUGUAUUAGUUAUGAGGUUACAUGUUGUAUUGGCAAUAUGUUCGGCAUAAGAAAAGCUGAAAAAUAUUUUAUCUAAUCAUA